UCGGUAGCUUCGCCCCCUCGUGUCCGCUUACUGCCCCCCUGGCAUUUUGCUCAGGCUACGGCCCUGGACAGGGGUUCUUACUCGACGGGCACAGAUUACUGCCAUAACGGUUUGACUUCAUAAACAAGUGUGUGAUAGCGCACCCUUCCAUGAAUGUGCUAGUUGUGACUAAUAUAACGUCAUCAACGAAACAGGGGAAUACCGAGGACUAAAAAUAACCUGGGAUUUCCACAACGAAUACCCGAUGCCAUUUGCAUCUGAGUCAACCGCCAAGAUGUCUGAAGUGGAUCUCUUCCAAGCUGCUAAGAAAGGAAACGUGCAGAAGUUAACGAACCUACUGAGAGAUGGGACCUUCGAUGUCAACACAACUGGCGAGAAUCCGCAGGAUGCACCUGGACGUACUCCACUACACUGGGCUGCAGAGCGAGGUGCCACACAGUGUGUCAAGCUUCUUCUCAAGCACGGGGCGGAUCCUAAUAUACUGAGCAAAAUGGCAGGAUUUUUAAGAAAGCUAUUUAAUCUACAGCGUGCUAGUCGACUUACACCACUACACUUGGCUGCAGAGCAAGGUGCCACACAGUGUGUCCAGCUUCUCCUCCAGCAUGGGGCAAAUCCUAAUAUACAGGAUAAGAGCAAGGUGCCACACAGUGUGUCCAGCUUCUCCUCCAGCACGGGGCGGAUCCUAAUAUACAGAGUGAAUGGAUAG